AGAGAAACAAGGGGGAAAAGGGUGAUCGGAAAUGUCCUACUCCUCGUCAUCCGGUUCGGAGGAGGAGGACGAGGGGUUCGAUUCAUACAGGAAAGGGGGAUAUCAUGCGGUACGAAUAGGAGAUUCUUUCGCCGCUGGUCGUUACAUCGCUCAACGGAAGCUGGGAUGGGGUCAUUUCUCCACCGUAUGGCUCGCUUACGAUACACAAUCCUCAGUAAGCCCUUUUCCCCUAUGUAUAUAUGUAUGCACCGCAAUGUUAUCUAAAUCCUUUUUUGCUGAACAUUUUGCUCAAGCCGCCCUUCAUGAGAUUGAAGUGCUUUUAUCUAUUACCAAUGGCGACCCUUCAAAUUCCAAGUGUGUGGUGCGCCUGAUCGAUCACUUUAAGCACAGUGGCCCCAAUGGCCAACAUCUUUGCAUGGUCCUCGAAUUCCUCGGCGAUAGCUUACUCCGUUUAAUCAGGUUCCGACGUUACAAAGGGAUUGAAUUGAAUAAAGUUCGGGAGAUAUGCAAAUGCGUAUUGAUAGCUCUGGAUUACUUGCAUAGGGAACUCGGCAUCAUCCACACCGAUCUCAAACCCGAAAAUAUCCUUCUCUUAUCCACCAUUAAUCCCGCCAAGGAUCCGAUCAGGUCCGCUCUAACACCGAUACUCAAAAGGCCUGAGGCGAGUGGUCUAAACGGCAGAUCCAUGUCCAUGGUCGAGAAAAGACUGAAAAGUAGGGCAAGAAGAGCAUCUAUAGGAGGAGAAGCUGAAGCUCCAAAACUGGCGAAAUCUAUGGAUGGGAUCAAUUUGAGGUGCAAGGUUGUCGACUUCGGGAAUGCAUGUUGGGCCGACAAACCUUUUGCCGAUGAAAUUCAGACCAGACAGUACAGAGCUCCUGAGGUGAUACUAGGUUCUGGUUAUUCCUUUCCAGCUGAUAUGUGGUCUUUUGCUUGCACUGCCUUUGAGCUUGCUACUGGGGACAUGAUGUUUGCCCCUAAAGGUGGCAAAGGAUUCAGUGAAGAUGAGGAUCACCUUGCUCUCAUGAUGGAACUUCUUGGAAAGAUGCCUAAAAAGAUUGCCAUCGGAGGAGCUAGAUCGAAGGAUUAUUUCGACAGACAUGGGGAUCUAAAGAGGAUUCGAAGGCUGAAGUUUAGGCCACUGGAUAGAUUUUUGGUGGAUAAAUACAAAUUCUUUGAGAAUGAUGCUCGUGAGUUCGUUGGCUUUCUUUGUCCUAUCCUGGAUUUUGCACCGGAGAAGAGACCGACUGCCCAGCAGUGUCUGCAACAUCCAUGGCUCAAUGUCAAGAGCUCACAUCAGAAAGAGAUGAAUGUUCAGUCUAACGUUAAGGUUGGAAUGGCCAACCUUAAGAUUAACUAAAAUAAAGUAAUAACUAUUGUAAAGGAAACGGCAUAAGCCGCCGAAAAUGUAAACUACACAAUGUGUUUCUUCACAUUCUUUAUAGCAUACCC